AUGGUUACAAAGGCGGUCCAUAUCGAGUUGGCAGUGGACCUAUCAACUCAAGCUUUCAUCAACGUGCUGAAGCGUUUCGUGGCCAGACGUAGAGUCCCUACCCAAAUACACUCCGAUAACGCCACAAACUUCAUCGGGGCGAACUCGGCACUGCAUGAACUAUACGUCUUGUUCAAUCAACGGGAUAUGAAGCAGGCGCUCAGUGAUUACUGUCUACCUCAAGAAAUAAAAUGGCACUUUAUUCCGGCGCGGUCUCCCGAGUUCGGCGGCGUUUGGGAAGCUGGUAUCAAAUCAACCAAGCGUCACAUAAAACGAGUUGUCGGCGAUGGAAGGUUUACCUACGAUGAGUGGAACACCUUGGUUGCCCAGAUUGAAGCCAUCCUCAAUUCGAGACCGCUUGUUCCUCAAUCAGCUGACCCUAAUGACCUGAAGGCGAUAACACCUGGGCAUAAGUACACUGUCCAGAUAUCAAAUCAUUCAGAAGAAGCGAAGCGAAUUUUGGAAGAGGUGGUCACGAGACUAUCUUCAGGAGCUACAACGCAGACCGAAGCACAAUCGCAAAUACACCGAAGUAAGAAUCGGAGAUCUCGUCGUUUUGAAGGAGGAGAAUAUGCCACCCCAACAAUGGCGUUUAGGCAGGGUGGUUAA